GAAUGGGCGGGGGAGGUUCCGGAGUAGUUUUUUUUCCCCGGAAGUGACCGUGCUAGGGCCUGUGGUCGCUGCGUGACGCGAGGUCGGCACACUAGAGACUUUGCCGGUACUACCCGGUGUGGGCUACCCACCUAGAGCUAGAGACAGCUCCGACCCCUCGGACUUGAUUCUCUGCAGGCUGCAGAAUGCCUCAUAAGAAAAAGAAGCCCUUUAUAGACAAAAAGAAAGCUGUAUCUUUCCACCUUGUACACCGAAGCCAGAGAGAUCCCUUAGCAGCAGAUGACACUGCACCUCAAAGAGUUCUAUUGCCUGCACAGAAAAGAGAAGAUGAGGAAAGGAGAGCUGAGCAGAGGAAAUAUGGAGUCUUCUUUGAUGAUGACUAUGACUACCUGCAACAUCUUAAGGAACCUUCUGGACCCUCUGAGCUGAUUCCAUCAGGCUCUCGGAGUAAUGCACAAGAACAAACAUUAUUGAUUCCAACUCCUGGAAUUAAGUUGCCUUCAUCAGUAUUUGCAUCAGAGUUUGAAGAAGAUGUAGGACUAUUAAAUAAAGCAGCUCCUGUAUCAGGUCCUCGGUUGGAUUUUGACCCUGACAUUGUUGCAGCUCUGGAUGAUGAUUUUGACUUUGAUAAUCCAGAUAAUCUUCUUGAAGAUGAUUUCAUUUUACAGGCCAAUGAGCCAACAGGAGAAGAUGAACAGAUGGACAUAUAUUUUAGGAGACAUGAAGAUGACAAUGACUGGGAAGAUGUGGAUGAUGAGAUGGAGAAUGGUAGUGUUGAAGAUGAUUAUGACUCUGAAGGUCCUUUGUCAGAUGACUUAUCUGUGCAAGGAAGAGAUCAAAGGGACUUGUUUUUGGAAGAAGAAACUAAGAGUCGAUUCACAGACUAUUCUAUUACAUCCUCUGUCAUGAGGCGAAAUGAACAACUGACCUUGCUAGAUGAAAGGUUUGAGAAGUUCUUUGAGCAAUUUGAUGAUGAUGAGAUUGGAGCAUUGGAUAAUGCAGAAUUGGAAGGCUUUAUUCAUGCAGAUAGCAACCGUUUACAAGAGGUUCUGAAUGAUUAUUACAAAGAGAAAGCUAAGAACUGUGUCAAAUUGGAUACUCUUGAACCUCUUGAAGAUGAGAACUUACUCAUUAAUGAAGAGGAUGAGAAUGAAGAAGAAAUUGUUACUGUGGUUAUUGAAGAGCCCAAACAGAAAUGGGAUUGUGAAUCUAUUUGUAGUACAUAUUCAAAUUUAUACAACCAUCCUCAACUUAUCAAGUGCCCACCUAAGCCCAAACACAUCCAAAUCUCCUCUAAAACGGGAAUACCUCUAAAUGUCUUACCUCAGAAAGGACCUACAGCAAAACAAGUUGAACGAAUGCAGAUGAUUAAUGACAGCGAUCUGCCCAGGGUAUCAGUCCAGCCACGUGGUAAAAAUGAAACCAAAGAAGGCAGAAAAGCAAGGAAACAAGCUAUAAAAGAAGAGCGUAAGGAACGCAGAAUGGAGAAGAAAGCCAACAGAUUAGCCUUCAAGUUGGAAAAAAGAAGACAAGAAAGAGAGUUACUCAACUUGAAACAGAAUGUUGCUGGUCUGAAGCUCUGAUGAUAUCAUCUAUUACAAUUUGGCACCUUGGGCUGACUGAACUUAUAAUCUCUGAAAACAAACAGCUAGAUGUUCAAACAAGUGCUCUGUGGGGUAGUUGUGCUGGCAGCCAUUAUGGCUUACUGCAUUUAUAACAUGCUGUAUAGUAAAAUGACCACCAAGAUUGUUGAUUUGGUGGAAUACCUGGGCAACACCACAAUGUUCAUACUACAAUGGCCAUUCCAAAAAGAAAUUGUCCUUUGGCACAUUAUGACUUUGGGCUUCUUUUGUGGACUCUUUGCAGAGUAUUCCUUUUCAGACUGAAAUAUCGGGAAACAAAACUGAUUCUCCUGCCAGUUAACAGGAACUAUAGGGAAAAGCAAGUGUGUGGAUUAUUUCAUACCAACACUUCAUACAUAAACAUCUUUUUGCAAAUAUUAGAUUAAUUUGAUUUGAUAUGCAGAUUUUUAUUUCCCAAAAAGCCAAUAGUUUUACAUCAAUAAAGUGUUUAUAGGUAUUUUGUCAAAUAACAUUUGAUUAAAGAAAGUUUAAAUUGA